AUGUCAGACUCAAGCUUAAAUUGCGGUUCUGGUGGGGGCGCGACUACAUAUCCACAGUUGCGGAUAGCGUCGGUCUUCAUCAUCCUCAUCGGAUCGACUAGCGGCGCACUUUUUCCAGUGCUUGCUAAACGGACAAGCUGGCUUCACGUUCCCAAACCCGUCUUCGACUUUGCCAAGUUCUUUGGCUCCGGUGUCAUUAUAGCUACAGCUUUUAUUCACCUCCUCAGCCCAGCUCUUAGUGAGCUUGGAUCUCCAUGCCUGUCGCCAGCUUGGCAGCAGUAUCCAUACGCACUUGCAUUAGCAAUGCUCAGCAUAUUUUCAAUCUUUAUUGUUGAGCUGGUGGCCUUCAGGUGGGGUACAUCUAAGCUGGCGGCCCUCGGUAUGAUGCACGAUGCACAUGGUCAUGGUCUCGGCGCGCACGCUGCACAUGGACCUGAAGCUGGAAGUUUGCCAACGGGACUGGAUAACGACUCAAGUUCUGAGGAGAUCAAGGAAGAUAUAGAAUCUGCCCACGGGCACAAGCGCCUGGAUCUUGGUGCUGCAGGGCAGAUCAUUGGUGUGUUCAUCCUAGAAUUUGGUGUAUUAUUGCAUAGUCUACUCAUUGGUCUGACGCUGGCGGUUGAUCCUAGCUUCAAGAUACUGUUUGUUGUCAUCAUAUUUCACCAAACCUUCGAGGGCCUUGGAAUCGGCACUCGUUUGGCUUACUUGCGGCUUCCGCCGAAGUACAAUUAUGUAGCCAUCUGUGCCGCACUAUUGUACGGAAUCACCACACCAUUAGGCAUCGCAGUUGGGCUUGGAGUUAAAAGCACGUACAACCCAGGCAGCACCACCGCCUCCAUCGUGAGUGGAGUGCUCGAUUCACUGAGUGCGGGUAUCCUGUUGUAUACUGGUCUCGUUGAGCUUCUUGCGCAUGAGUUUAUCUUCAACAAAGAAAUGAUCACCGGGUCUAACAGACGCGUUGCCUAUGCCAUCUCAUGCAUGCUCUUUGGAACCGGGAUCAUGGCGCUCCUGGGGCGUUGGGCAUGA